UGAAGGCUGUAUGUUUGUAAUGGAGUUGAUUUUAACUAGGUUGACAGUGCAAGUUAUCAGUAAAAAUAGAUAAGAAAUACUCAACACUCCACAAAACUAGCUGCACUGUUCUCAAAGGAUGUAAAAUUAUCAUCGUAGAGAAACUUUAGUGCUCCUUCAAACUUUCUGCAUAUGGAAUAUUGUAAUUAUUAUAUUAUCUUUAAACGUGGACAAACAUACAUGUAUACAGCAGCGUUUUGACGAAGAUUGUGUGGAAUCGGUGUGGAAUAAGACAAAUUAAGGGUGUAGCUUCAUUAUAUACGUCAUCUAGUGAUAUUUCAUUAACAUUUUUAAAUGACCAUGAUUUUGACCACAUUGAGUCUGGUUAUGAUAUUAUUUACAUCGUCGGCGGCCGGAGAGAAAGUUCUGGGUGAAGAAACGGACGAGUUUGAUUUCGACGGUCUUCCUGGAGCCCAGCAUGAGUUCAAGAUUGAAAUAGGAGCUGGGAGGGAAGAGUGUUUCUACCAGAAGAUCGUGGCUGGUGGAAAGAUCCACGUAUCGUUUGAGGUUCUACGCGGAGGGGACGGGAAUUCCGCCCUGUAUCUGCUCGACCAUGACCACGUCACGGACCGGAUAUCCGUCCUUGAGAAGACGGACCAGGUGCCCCGCGGGGGCUUCCAGUAUGGGCCCUUCGAGGAAACAAGGCCGUACGCGAUAUGUCUGGACAACACCCAGUCGAGAAUGGCCUCAAAGUUGGUAUAUGUGUACCUGGUUACCUACGUGGAGGAGGAAUGGUCCAAGUACAGACAGGAAAUUGAAGAUCUCUCGUUGACAGUCUCUAACUUUACAGACACAAUCCAGCACGUGCAAGAAUCAAUCACGGACGCUCUCGUGCACCAGGCCAAGAGUCGUAUGGAUGUUAUUCGCGACUGGUAUACGAUAACGGGAAAUAACUCUUACGUUCAACGUUGGUCCAUGUGUCAAUGUGUAGUUGUCGUUCUUAGUGCUUGCAUUCAAGUUUACUUCGUGCGAAGACUGUUUAGAUUCACGACUGUCACUGGAACACAUAAACCAAGGGCAUAGAUACUAGAUAGUGUAUGAGUGUCGCCUCCGAAGGAUGGUAGACACAAAGGGAUUCAUUCGGAACUCCUCGACCAUUUUUAUCGAAAACAACCUCGGAAGCAUUCGGAACUCCUCGGCCAUUUUAUCGAAAACAACCUCGGAUGUAUUUGGACGGUUUACAUACUCAAAAAGUGGUACGUUUAAGUCCGCUGCAAAUAGAUCGCGUAGUAAUCUUAAUUAGUUGUUAAACUUUAGGACUUAUCUCUUGGGAAUCUUAAUUAUGUUUGCAAUAAUACACUUCACUGGCAAUCAAUUUAAAGUGAGAGCAAUGAAUACAACUCUUAAACACUACAUUUAAUUAAUGAUAUUAUUCAAAAAUUUACGGACUACUUCUACUGAUGUAACGGCAUACAUCCGAGGUUGUUUUCAAUAAAAAUGGCCGAGGAGCUCCGAAUGCCUCGGAAGUAUUUGGACGGUUUACAGACUUAAAAAGUGGUCCGCCUCAAGUAGAUCGCGUAGUAAUUUUAUUGAGCAGUUAGAUUUUAUGACUUUACUCUAAAGAAACUUAAUUAUGUUUGCAAUACACUUCACUGGUAAUCAAUUUAAACUUAGAUCAAUUAAUACACUCUAAAACCUAAAACAUUACAUUUAAUAAAUGAUAUUAUGAUUGAUAUAAUCAAACACAAUACAAACAACUUUAAACGGAUGUACGGGCAUACAUCCGAUGUUGUUUUCGAUAAAAAUUGCCGAGGAGCUCCGAAUGAUAGGGAUUACUUUGGCCAGUGUCGUCGUCCAAGGCGUCGGCGUAACACUUUCGUUUCUGAUUGAUAACUUUUGUAAAGUCUUUAAAGGGGCUAGACACCAGAUGAUACGAUUGCAAGAAAAAAAGAAAAUUGUCAAAAACUUAAAUAAAAUUGACACUUACUUACUGAUGCAUCGCAUCUCUUACGACAUAUAUGCAUCUUUUGCAGUCCUUGUGCAUGUUUCCAAUUCGAAAUUUACUGGGGUUGUAUACCACAUAAAUCAAGUAAGUUUGAAAAUAGCGUCGGUAUAUUUAUCUUAACUCAUAAUCAGAUAUGAGUUAAACUUGGAAACCAUUAUGCGCUGUUUUUAAACUUGGAAACACUGGUGAGACAGCAACAUGAAUGUUGCGUUUAUUAUUUCAAUCAUGUAAAAUGAUGUAUUAUCGGUCUCCUAUUAGCUGGCAUUGACAAUCCCGUGCUUGGUUUGACGAAAUACUGUAAUUGCCGAUUGUUGGACCAUCUGGUGUCUAGCUCCUUUAAACUGAGAAAUGGCCCAUAUUGGUUUUGGAGUCAGUAGACUUAAUGUUAGGGUGUUGGUGGAGGGCGCUCCCGACAGACGGCACAUCCGAUUCGCAGAUUUCUUGUUAUUUAUAUUGUUUAAGUAAAUAGGUUCAUUAGUUUUAUUUCAGUUGUUGACGGGUUCUAAAUUGCUUAACUGCUAUAGUGGACCACAGUUUCAACAGCUCAUGCGUUUCUCUACACAUCAUACAUAAAUCAUGGCUUAAAAAAUAUUUUUUUAUUAAAAAAUGAGAAAGUUCUUCAACAAAAACAUAUCAAGUUCUGGUUAACAAAAAAUAUAUAUUAUAACUGGAAAACUUUGAACUUGCACUAUUGAGUAAGGAACGUGAGUAUUGCUGGAAAAUUUCCUAAAAAGUCAAAUCAAGAUGGUAGGUUAUUAAAACUGUUUAUAUGUACUCUUAAACAAAUGUGACAUUUGACGAUCAUGACUAACUAUAUCUACAUAGUAUGUACUUAUAUGUGAAUAAAGACCUCGAAGAAAUAAAACUGAGAAU